AUGGAUAAGGUGAAGGCCGUACUACAUUCCAAUAAACAAGAUCCAGACGGAUCUACAAGUGUAGGUCCUACUGGUCGAAUGACUGGACAGGGAUCUCAUUUUCCAAAGGCAGAAGACACGACCUCUUUCGCCGGAGUCCCCGGCUCGGCCACGAAACAAUCAGGUCAACUCAACCCCGACGACGAAAUCGGGACUGCUGCCAUUGGGACGACCUCUACCUACAGCUCACACCAUCUUGCCAAAGGAGACCCUGUCGGCAACGUCAUUGAUUCCCACUCAGCAGAUCCUACCACUUACAAAACGCCCGAACACAUGUAUGGUUCCUCCAGUAUUGGGGUGCCCGAGGGCGCAGCGGGAACAGCAGCAUCCCUAGCCUUCAACAAAGACCGACAACACAGCACUUCCCAGAUUCCGGGUGCUUUCCCAAAGGACGAAUCCUCUCCACAGGAUUCUACUCGAGCAGCUUCAGCAGCGACGUCGGGCUUCGCUGGGUCCGGAGCUACACGAGAUCCUUAUGGUUCAAGAGGUCUCGAAGCUGCUUCGGGAGGCGCGGCAGGCACUGGCGGUUCGAGUGCUCUGGGUCAGGGCAUCUCUGCAGCCACAGCUGGAGCGGCCGCUGCAAAUACGUCUUCUCAUCAAACAACUCAUGACGUUACCACAAUUACGCCCUCGGGUCUCACAUCAACCUCGUCACCCGCCGAUCGCUUCGCUGGGUACGGUGCAACCGAGGAGGUGAAGGUCCCCGAUGAAGCUGCGCAUAACCAAACCUCUUCAUCAGACCCGGCCGCCACAGGAUCAAGUCAGGCUGGUGCAUUUGGGAAGAUUCUCGGAGCUAUGGGCCUCGGAGCCGCAGCUGGAGGUGCAACUGCAGCUGGAAGAGAAGAUGCGAAGCCUGAUAUCGUUGCAGGCACCCCAGAGCAGCCAACAACUACAACAGGACUGACUUCAUACACUGCUCCUACCGAGUCUGGACCAAGUGCAGAAAAUUCACAACCGCCAUCCUACCCUCGCAAGGAGAGUAUCCCAACCAGUGCCUAUCCUGCCGGGAAAGAUUCUCCUGCUCCCAUCAAUCCUCCCGUAGGCGGCACAGCAGCUGCUGCCAGUGAGCCCGAGCAUACGUACUAUACCGGCCGCAACGAAGGUUUUGCUGUUGCGGGCAUCGGUGCGGGAGCUUUGGGGACACAUGAACUUGGGAAGCAUAGGUCAGAGCCAGGACAAAUCAACGAGUAUAACAUUGGCACGGGAGUCCAGAGUACGGCUCCCGCAGCGCCGUACGCUCCCGCGACAAGCACUAGGACUGAACAAGGAAUGGAUCAGAGUCAAACCUUAGCAACAGGAUACAAUGACUCCACCCCGGAGAGGGACUCAAAGGGCUAUGGCAAGACCGCCGUUACCGCUGGUCUUGGGGCGGGUGCAGCUACUGCAGGUUCUUAUGCUCUCGGACAUGAGAAGAACAAGCCGGAGACCGGAGACUUUCGAGCAGAGAAGCCUUACACAUCUACUGAAUCUGCAACUGAGCCUUCCACCACCACUUCUCAACUGCCCGUCCGCGAAAAGGACGAUGGCCCAGCCACAUCCUCGGCGUCCGCAGAAUAUCCCAGUGGUAGGACUCAAGCUACAGAAGAUGGUCACACCGCUCGCAACGUAGCUCUAGCGGGUGCUGCUGGCGCGGGGGCUGGCGCUUAUGGGGUCCACGAAUAUAACAAACAUCACACUGAGGAAGAUCCAACAUUAGGGCGCCAAGCACCAGCUACCAGAACUAAGAACACUCCUGUCACUGCUUACUCGCAGAACACGCAGGAGAAGACAACCAGGACGGAUCCAAGAACGGACUCUGAUCAGGAUAAGAGCCGUACCAGCCGAGAUGCUGCAUUAGCCGGAACAGCUACUGCUGGAGCUGGAGCUGGUGCCUAUGGUAUUCAUGAGCACGAUAAACCUCGUGUAGAUCAAGACUCAUCCGCAGGUCGCCAAUCAGCUACUACUAGCAGUAAUGACCCCAGCACUGCAGUCAACGACACGAAGGCAACUCCUGUCGCAACUUCUUCCGGACCGACCUCGCAGAAAGCCACCAAAGGUGUCCCAACUGCAGCCGAGGAGGAGAAGAGUCAUACCGGCCACAAUACCGCUCUAGCUGGAGCCGCCGGUGCCGGUGCCGGGGCUGGGGCUUAUAGUGCACAUGAAUACAACAAGCACGAGGGUGAAGAAGACGCCGCCCAGGCCGAGGCUCGACGACAAAAGGAUCUGGCCGAGCAAGAGGCUGCUCGUCAAAAACAGUUUGAGAAGGACCAAAAGGCAGCCGAGAAGCUGGCUCACAAAGAGGAGAAGCAACAUCAGAAGGAGGAAAAGAAGCGCCAGAAGGAACUUGAGAAGGAGGAAAAGAGACACCAGAAAGAAAUCGAGAAAGAGGACAAGCAUCAUGACAAGGAGCUUGCCGCUGCCGAGGUUGAACGUGAAAGACAGGUAAAAAAGGAGAACCAAUCGCGCGCUGAGGCUGUGGAAGCCGAAACGGCUCAAAGGCACAAGGAAGAUACAGCGGCCGCUGCAGUCGGUGGAACCGCUGCCGUUGCCGCUUAUGGUGCCCAUGAGCACGACCAAAACACAGACGCACAGAAGCACCAUGAACAAGAAUCCCUCGGAAAACAGUCGGCUGGUUCGGGACGUCCUGCUGUUGUCACCGAUGAGUCUGGUCAUAAUGUUUUGCAUAAAGAUCCGCCCAAGGAGAAGAAGCCGAAUAUCUUCAAACGCAUCUUCAAACGACGCAAGAACAAGGACACGGGUGAAGAUGAGGAAUACAGCACUGACGAGGAGGAUCUCAGUCAUGACGCUCCUGAUGCAGGGGUUGUCGGUGCUGGAGGUGGAGCUAGUGCAACUGAUGCCGACGCCGCUCGUUACGAGCGUCGUUCGACUACCAGCACCAGCACAGGAGGGCAUCAUCGAAAGUCCUACGAAGAACAGAGCGGCGGUCUCCAGAAGCCUUCAUACAACCCGUUCUCCAAGCAAAGUUCCACAUCGGCAACCACUUGA